GGACAGAUAGUGGUGGUGGUGAAGGUGGUGCUGCUGCUUCGGCCUGGUUCAGUGCCUGGCGGGGAAGAAUCUUUUGCUUCGCCCUCAGUAUCAUUUAAACUACCCACUUGUUCGGACAUUGGAUAACGUUAGUGCGGGUGUUUUGUUUUUGCUAUUCUAAUGAGUUGGGGGGAUUUUGAUUAUCUCUGCUCCAAACGCGCAAUGGAGAGCUAAUCAAUGGGACUGUGAUUGUGCGGAUAAACUUUAAUUGUGUUUCGUUCCGUAAACGAAAAUGGUUUUUACGUGGAUUCGAGCGCGUAGAAUUAUGCAAGAACAUUCCCGGGAAGCUGUGUGCAAAAGUGAGAAGAUUUUCCUGGAACGAUUAAACUGAUUUGUUUUGAAAUCUUCGAGGGGAAAUCUAGUGAAUUGUGAAUGUGUAAAACGGUUCGAAGAGAUUGACUAUUGCAGAGUUCGCAUUCAUUGAUGUUAUGCUCGCGUUAUUUUGUAUGGAAAUUGACAGCUACGUGAACUCGAGUUCUCCACACACCGAGGCAGUUUACGUGCCAUGCCGAGAGUUGGUGGUGUGGGUUCGUAUGGUUUUACGAAAACUUCUGCGACUCGUGUGUAAAACGUAAAACGAAGGAACGCCGAAGACGAUGGUGUUUUUGGUGUUGCUUUUGAAGUAGACAAUCGGAAAGCGGUGCGACACACAGCGAGCGAGGAGGAAUUGCGGGGGCAACACAAACAAAAAGUUGUAAAAAUUUCUCUGAAUUACCAAUAGAGAGGGCAACGGAACAGACGAUAACGAAGCAAGAGAGAGGGGAACAAACGCAAGGGGCUACUCGGCGAAGAGAAGAAUAAUAUUUGUCGGUGUGGCUUUUGUCGGUGGAUAAGGGGCCAAAAUAUUUCACUUCCUUUCUCCUCACCAUCGAAGUCGUCGUCGAAGAUCUCUCCUUGGAUCGUCUGCUGUUGAAUGCGCUUAGUAAGCAGCUAUCCACCCCCGUGAUCGCGAUCCGUCUCUUCUGUCCUCUCGCCACAUCCCACCGGCGGAGGAGUUCCCUCGAACAACAACACGAGUGCUUACGCGGGAUAUUACAGUAAAUAGUUCGGAGAAUCAAAGAUCGGUACAAACACGGAUUUUCGGUGUGAGGCCGCCGAGGUUGUCUGUUCCAACAUAUUUCUCCUUUCGACAAGAGAGAUGGCAAAGAGCGUAGAAUGAGGCGAAAUGAAUAAUAUGUUUUUUGGGUGUCUGUCUGUGCAGUAAACGAAGAAGAAUCGUCAGAAAAGCGUAAAUAGAAAAGAUAUUGGUGUGCUUGCGUGCGUAUGUUUUGAAAAGUAGAAGAAGGAGAAGGUGAAGAAGAAAAAAAAACGUGUGCUUCGGUCGAAAAAUAUCGAUGAAAAGCGAUGGAAAUAUGGAGGAAAAGUUAGUGGCUUAGUUUUCGGGAGAAAAAGAGAAAAAAAGAUUAAACUAACGAUGUUAACCUUCCGUUACACCGUUAGAUGUGCAAAAGUCAUAAGCUGAGUGUUGUGUAUUGGGCAAAAGACUGUAAACGCUGGAAAGAGUAGAAGUGGGGAGAAUACUUGCCAGUGGCUGAUAACACGUCGCAACUUCAAAGUGGAAGAUGGCUGGGAAUAUCGUUAAAUGGUGGAAGCAUAAGAUACUUGGUGGAUACAAACAAUUUACAGUUCUUCAGGAAUGUGCGACCGACUCGGAGGAGCUUAUCUUCCCAAUCCGAGCGCCGUCCGCCUGCAGUGCACCGCCAGAUCUUCUGCUAACCAGCGAUCGGGAACAGAUGCUGAAAGUGAAAAGUUCCAAGCAGCAGCAACAUCCACACAGUCAGCAGCACCAGAUGCAAUCAUCACAUCAUCAAUCAUCGCAGUUGCAACAACAGCAGCAGCAUCAUCAUCACCAGCAGCAACAACAACAGCAAAAUCAUAACCACCACUAUCAUAAGAUGUCCUCGACAACCGCCCAGCAGCAGCAUCCGAAGGAGUCCUCCUUUCGGAAAUGUUCCGGUAAGACUGCCACCGUAAAAAGUGAUCCCGACCGAGUGCGGCUGGAGGAGUUCACAUGUGACGUCUCACUGGAAGACGGUAAAAAGCCGCAGCCUCUACAAUUUUCAUUCACCUUGUACGACCUGGACGGUCAUGGCCGAAUAACCAAAGACGACAUCGCUGGCAUUGUGUCCACGAUCUACGAAUCCAUAGGCAAAUCGGUGGUAGUUCCUCACUACGGUAGCAAGACAAUCAACGUUCGGUUGACCGUGUCGCCGGAUGGCAAGAGCAAAUCGAGCGGUCCAGCGAUCAAGAAGGCGGCCAUCACGCCACGUAGACGCUACCGACCGAGGAAGCUCAUCUCGGACGAUGACGAUGGUAGUGACACGUCGGAGAAUGCUCCCCGGGCCAUGCGAGCCCGGGCUAAUACGGUGGCGGCGGCGAGUACCACUGUCAACAACAACAACAACUUCAGACAAAAGGAAUCAUUGAGUGUAAGCCAGAGGCAGAUGGCAGCGGACGGGCACAACAAAAGUGCCGAAACGGUGGAGACUACCUUCCAUAAUAAUUUGAGCGGAAAGGCGAAGAAUUCAAAUUCCAAGAACGAAAACAUCUACGAAAGCAUCAGCAAUCUCAAGUGCUGUAACAUUCAAACCGCUCAAGUCAACGCCACAAAUGACCAAAGUCUGGCCGCACUGAACACCUCCUGUGCCACAACAGUGAUUUGCCGCGACUGCUCGCUCGAAGGAUGUCCGAACGAUGAAACACUUGCGCUCGGGGCGGUGGUAAUUCCGACCGCUGCCGUCAACGCGUCGGCCAUCGUAAGUAGUCGGGCUAAGCGCAAAGUGGUUCGCAAAUCGCGCUCUUCGCGUAAGGCUUCCAAAAUUGCGGAAGAUCUGGGACAGCCGAGGGCACGCAGUCUUUCCGUUGGCAAUGAAAAUUGCUACGAGAACAUGAUCGGCAAUCCACAGGAGGAGUGCUGGAAGAGUUCGCUCUGUCGGCGGGAGCUGAUCGAGAUAAUUCGGGAAAGCAUGGUGAAGAACAGUCUCUGUUUUCAACCAAAUAGGAAAGCCCAAGAAAAUUCACCAAAGCAUCGCCAUCGCUCGCAUACGAUCUCGGCCCGGGUUGGAGGAGCGGCCGAUCAAUGCGGCGAGAAAGUCGUAGCGACCCAGCAGGCUCUAGUAGUAGCUCACGAAGCGAAUUUGUGCGGUUAUGAUUCCUAUUUGCAUCAAACAAUCUGCGCAGCAGCCAACGUCAACCACGCAGCACUGCAUCUGAAUGGUGGCGUGGUGGCGAACGGAGGAGUGUUCACUGCCCCACCGAUUACGACAAGUACCCCGAACAGGUUGCUGCAGCAUCACAGUCACCAUGCGAAACUGAAACGAAAAGAACAUCGAUUGGCCAUGGCUACCCGUAAUCAAACGCACAGGGUGGUAAACCAUCCCGUCAAAUUGAGUACAGCACUGCUUAGUCAACACUACCCGAAUCUUUCGGCAGAACAGAAAUUGACCCGGUCCAUCAACCAUGUGGAGAAGUGGCUGGACAAGCGCAGUCCCAAGCUUGUUAACAAAGCUAAGCUAUCAGAGGAAACAGCUGAGCGAAGCCCUCAAACAGCUGCCUUGAAAUUGAGCAAAUCCAACAGUAAAGAGGAAGUCGGUCAAAAGCCAUCCAAGCUAAACAACGCAUUGACGACUGAUUUGCUGCUGGAAAAUCUCAAGAUCUCCGAAGACAUCGCCGAGCUAAAUGUGGUUACACCGAAAAAGGUAUUCAACAAAGGGUGUCUGAUUAGUUCUGCUACGAAAAAGAACAUCCAAACGCACCACACGACGAAGACCGUAUCGACAACCACCGCCCUCGGAUCUACCAUCGUCACCGAUAAGCCUUCGAAGAACUUGAUUCAGCUGCAGUACGCUUCCAUCCCCGUCGACGCGGAUCCAAGUGAGUGCGAAAAUCUCAUUCGGAUGUCGGACGCCGAAGAGGAUUUUGCGCCACAGCAGCAUCAACAACCGCAGCCACAACUGCAGUCAUCUCCGAGCUCACCCACACAUCACAACCACCACCACAGUCCGGGCGGGGCAACCAGUUUGAUUGGGGACCAUUCCGGAUCGUCUGCCUCGGCUGCCUCGACAACGGCGGUGCAUCGCUACGUGCACGAGCAUAUCCACCAUCACUAUCACCACUUUGAGAACGACCCGGACGAGUCCUGAGAGUUGGAGGGUUCCUACGGAGCCGGCGGCAGUAUGCGGUCGUGUCCGGAAAAUGGGUGCUUGGAGCUGGAGCUGCUGGAGUGAGACAUUGGUUUACGGUUUUCGAUGCGGCGACACGAACAUUUGCUUAAUCUUUUAUAAGGUUUAUAUAAAGCUUGCAGUAAUGGAAUUUUACGAGGCGAAUUUCUGGGGCUAAACACAUUUUGGAAUGGUUACUCGGGACUGUGAGUAUUGGGGUUGGGCUAUAGAAAAACAUUCAAGCGUGAAUACUAUUCACAUUAGUUUCUGGAACAUUGCUAAGGGUUCUCAUCAGAACGGCCAUCUUUUUGUCUAAAAAUUAAAUGCUUCGUACGAUCCUGCAGCAGUGAUUGUAAUUGCGAAUCGCCAAAUAAAGUUUCCGGAUGGGUAUACAAGCAUCGUUUUCCAAAGGAAACUAUCCAACGGAAUCAUUGGCCAUUGCAAAUGCUGAAUAUACCCUCUGUCCAACUUCUAUAAGACCACCCUGCAUAUAUUUCUUUGUAACACAAACAGUUAGAAUUUCAACAAUAAUUAUAUCUCAAUAUUUAGUCUGUCCUCCAAGAUUCUAUAUUACUGCCAUGAGCCGUUUGGGCAUUCUUUCGACCAUUUGUUAAGGAAUCGCAUCCCCGUAUACCCGUCCAAAAACCGUUAAGAUUUCUCCGUGAAUCCAAUGGAUUUUUUUCAUCCAGUAUUGUGCAUAGAUGCUCAAUCGGGUUGAGGUCUGGGGACUGGGGUGUCCACUCAAUCAUUUUAAUCUUUUUGGACUGGACACAGCGCUUCGUCACUUCCGAGAUAACUUGGGGUCAUUGUCCUAUUGGAAAAUAUAGCUUUUCUUAUUCAUUAUCCUAAGUGACAGCUUUAAGUUUCUUCAGAGAUGUAGAAAAAAUACAAAAAAAAUCUUCAAGCAAUUCGGUUGUUCUUCAAAAUAAGUCAGUGAAUGUUGGCAAAGGGGCCGUUCUCAGCCGUACGGCGCAACUUGGUGGAGAUACUCUCACAAUAGCGAUGGACGGCACUGACAUCCAUCUUCCGGAUCCUCGUGGUCAGCUGCAUGGUGUCCGUGGCCCGCUAAUUAUUCUUGUACACCAGGGCCCUGAGGGAGCCGAGAAAAUCUCCGAUCGGACGUCACUGGGGCAAGUUGGUCGGGUGCGUUCCGUACGUACGGUAUCUGUUUUUUCUCGAGGUAUGCCAACGUCUUCUUCAGAAGACGUACUUCCCAUCAGAAUGAUGCUCCUCUAAGAACGGAACCAGAAUAUUCUCCAGGUACUCCUAUUGGUACACCUUCUGGUAGAUGGGAAGUCCACUCGGCUUGGUAAACCAGGCCUUGAAAUCCUUUUGUCGGAGAUUGCAAUAUACAGCAUAAAUUUCUUCUCAAACUUAUGCUUGUAUUUGUACUUCACCCUGGUGGACUCCUUGUUGCUGGUAUAGUACCGGUCAUUGCCGGAAAUGUGAGACUUUGACAGGGGAAAAUAACUCUCGUCGUCCAGCACGAACGAAGUCCCGCGAUAAUUCUUCGUCAUCCACCAGCACUGAGAUUUCAUGGUCGCUAUCUGCUCGUCCGACAGACGAUGCCCUCUUGUUCGAGGGUUCUGUGGAUGUAGGAAUUCGUCCUUGUUGUCGAACAGCUUUUUCAGAGAUUCCUUCUUCUUUUUCGUCAUGAUCUUCGCCGGACGGCCACUACCGGUCUUUCGCUCGACUUUCAGGGAUUCCAGGAUCCGGUAAAUAGUGCUCACCGGCACAUUUUUUCUUGACUUUCACACGUUUCGAAGAACCGUACAACGCGCUCGCGUAGUGCUUGUUGUUUCGACGCCAUCUUUGAUCGAACUAACAGCACCCGAACGAAAAGAAACGAGCAACCCGUUUCUAGGUAGCACAGAGAGCAAUUCUUUCUGUGAGAAAUAAAUUUACGGUCUUUACUUUGUUGCAGAAACGUAUUGAAAUCAUUCUCAUUUCAUUGAACACCCGUUAAUGGCUUUUUCUUUUUGAAGAAGCUCUGUAAACCUGAUUCGCGAUGACCGGUGCUCACAGCUCGACUAGUUUUAUUGAGACUCAACUCUUCCUGGAUCACCCGACACCAUCUAUCGGGAUCCGAUCGAACCAAGCGGCGAAUAGGGCGAUCGGUGUGAACUGAGGUUUUACGACGCCUUCCACUUCCGGAUUUCCGCUGUACUGUGCACAGCGUAUUACGCUUUUGAAUGAUUUUCAAAAUCGCUCCGAUAGAAAUAACAUAUUUUUCUGCAAUUUCACGAUAGUUCUCAUUUGCUUUCACUUCUGAAACGAUCAGUUUCCGUAUUUUCACCAGCUUUUGGCAUAUUGCCUAAGUAUCAUAGGUAUGCUUAGGCAAUGGACCGCAUAUCGCGUAAAUAUGCAUGAAUGAUUGUAUAGUUGUAUUUGUUGCAUCAAGGUAUCCUGUCUAGAUUAUAUAGGGGAGAUCAAAUUACUCAUACAGUACUUCACAUUUCAUGUGACAUGCCGAGGCUCCACUCAGGUACGAAUUGGAGGCGAUUUUGACUUGUAAUUGGACAUUUUCGAUGAGAGAGAUACAGUGUCGACGUCUGGUGGCGACUUCCAAUGUGGGGCCAUAAUUUGAGCCACGAACUCGAUGUUUACAAAAAUGUCCAAUUAGAGAUAAAAAGGUCCAAUUAAACAUGUCGCAUUACAGGUCUGUACAAAUGUAAGCGAGUACGAAAUUACACGCAGCUUGCCUGUAUUUGCUAUGCCGAUUUCCCCAGACACUUGGUUUUGAAGUCCGUGUUAGCGAAACACAUUCAUUCCGUUAUGCAUUCCCAGGCCACCGGCUAGCGUGUAUUUGGAAUGUCGAUUUUCCCUUGGUUUUGAGGGCUAUGUUGGGAAAACCGUAUUCCGCUGUUAUUCUGAUUGCUUCUUUUGGUCGGUACCAUUUUUUUAAAAGUAUUUUUGAAAAACACAAAUUGAGUCAUUCGAAACGUGAUACUUAACGCGUUUAGAUAUUUUACAUUUUACAAUUAUUCAAUUGUUUAUCUCGUGAGAAUUAAAAUAUUAUUCUUUAUGAUAAACGCGUUCAAAUAUGUCCUACCAAUUAAUGCAAACAUCUUUGCCAUCUAUUAAGAAAUGCUCGAGUUAUAAGCAUUCGAAAUCUUUCAUUUUUUCCAUGUUCCUACGUCAAAAGUGUCAAAUAUUCGGCCUCCGGACAAACAGUGUGCGGCCAUCUUAAUAUGAACAGUUCCCUAGAUUUCCGUUCAAUAUAAUUAUUCGAAAUCGCAGCAUUGUGAUCUUUAAAAAUGUUUAUUUAUUUUACUUUUCGGACAAACCAUGUAUCAAAGUUUCGAUUCACGCAAUUCCCACAUUUUUCGUAGCCUCAUCCAAGAAUCAAAACACAAUUAAUUGAAAAUAAAUUCGAAGCAUCGUAAAAGUAACAACACCAAGCCACUAACUGCAAUCAAUCAAGAAUCUCAAAAGACCCCAAAUUGAAUGGAAACCGUUUUGGCGAUAAUCAAUUUGAACGAAAGAAUGAAUUGCUGAAGACUGUUACACUGAAACUCAGGCCUACUGGGUUCUAAUAUCUUCUGGGUGCUGUCGAAAUAACGUGCCAGAACUAAAUUGCAUCCGGUCGAAUUAGUCGAACGCCAAAUAAUAAAUAUCUCCCAUUUUGAUUGAAGCUUCAAAAACCCCCAAGUUCAUAAUGCAUCGGUAAUUUUUUUUUUGCGGUUUCCGCGUUCAGUAGAACGUCGAUAUUUAAUUUUUUGUAUCAAGAAUCAAGGAACUCCCUUUUCCUGGUGCAAGCACAUAAUAGUAUACAUAAGUCGAAACAUUUUCACCCACCUGAAAAGGCUUCCUGCGAGCUGAAUAGAUUGUUAAGUUGUACAUAAUAAGAGCAAUAAAUCUGGAACGAGAAAAAAAACCUGCGGUUAGUUAAGUGAGCUGCAGAAAAGCGAAACGAGGAAGAGGGAAUAUAUAUAUAUUAACAGAAACCUACAAGACUGAUUUCAUGUUAUUACUAUUAUUACAAUUAUAUUAUUACGCAUAUUAUUUCAACACUAUCUGGUAAUUGAUAACGUUGUACACUCGAGGAAGACAUCUUCCGAGACACACCGAACAACGAAGCUAUUGACCCUUAAUCGUGUUUCUCUGCGAUUCUAUUCUUUUUUUUUCUAUGAGCGACUUUUCCCUAGAUCUUCAAGAACGAAAUCCAACUGCUACUUCGAUUCACAUUUUCCGAGUGUAUGAUUGCGAACAUAACUCAUCAAAAAUAUUCUGUCAGCAAAAAAUUACCUGGAAUAAAUUUUAGGAUAGCGAACAAAAAUUGGCAUUAAGUUUUUAUUAUCAUGAAAAAUUUCAACAAAAUUAGCGAGUGUGGUAAUGAUUGGACAAAAGUUUGAUAAUUAGGAGCAUGAUUAGAAUUGCGAUACAAAUAAAAUUUAAAUGAAUGUACGAGUGAUGAAACAAAAAACGAUUUCAACUUGCUCUUGGCUGAUAAUUUAAACGGGUUCCCAGACCCGGCGAACUCUGAACGAACUUCUGAGUGCAGUCUUGGUCUAUAACUCUCCGAUUUCUUUUCUAAUCUUCUUAUAGUACAUAGGUAUUUUAUUUAUAAUUGCGCUAAGUGGUCGAGACUAACUUAUUGAAUAACAGUAUGUAAAAUUUCCAAGAAUUUGCUAUUAUUUUUCUACAAGAAGAAUGUCGAAACAAAAUAUACACGAAUGUUUGAAGUUGAA